UGUGACGUCCUUGGCGUGGCUGCAGGGGAGGCCGCGGCGGGGAAAAUGGCGGACGGGAAGGCGGGAGAGGAGAAGCCUGAAAAGCCGCAGCGAGCUGGAGCCGCCGGAGGACCUGAAGAAGAAGCAGAAAAACCUGUGAAAACUAAGACUGUUUCUUCCAGUAAUGGAGGGGAAAGUUCCAGUCGCAGCGCUGAGAAGCGAUCAGCUGAAGAAGAAGCUGUAGACCUUCCAACAAAGCCUACAAAGAUCUCCAAGUUUGGAUUUGCCAUAGGUAGUCAGACGGCAAAGAAAGCAUCAGCCAUAUCCAUCAAACUUGGAUCAAGUAAGCCUAAAGAAACUAUUCCAACUCUUGCUCCAAAAACCCUAUCAGUAGCAGCGGCUUUUAAUGAAGAUGAAGAUAGUGAACCAGAGGAAAUGCCUCCAGAAGCAAAGAUGAGGAUGAAGAAUAUAGGAAGGGAUACACCAACGUCCGCCGGACCAAACUCCUUCAAUAAAGGAAAGCACGGGUUUUCUGAUAACCAGAAGCUAUGGGAGCGAAAUAUAAAAUCUCAUCUUGCAAAUGUCCAUGACCAAGACAAUUAAAUAAUGUGUUUUGAAAUUGGGGUGUGGGGUGGGUGUAAAGUUAAAAGGAACAGUUUCCUUUUUUAAAGAAUGGUAUAAGACUAUCUUUGGAGCCGCUUUUUUUCUUUUUCAUUUUCUUUUUAAGAUUGAGUGGUACACUGAUAAAUGAGAGUUUGAAAUUAGAGGUAAUUUAUGUUUUAUAUGCAGAUUUCAAGACAUUACUAAUUUUGUAGUUCAUGUGAUUAGUUUCCAAAGGUUACAGAUAAUAAAUCAGAAAUGGUACCUUUUUAAGAAUUGCAUAUUUUUUUAGACACAACUCUUAGCACAUUAAGAGGGAAGCAAAAAGUUAUUGUCUAUUUAAAACUGCAAGCAGUUACUCACGCUCAACUCCCUCAUUACCUAAACUGGCUCCCAGGAACAGCCUUAUAGAGAGAGGGAGUAUUGUGUUGGGAGGAAAAUGUUACUGGACUAUUGACAGAAAGUAAAUUUAGGUAAAAUACAGCUUUUUUUCCUUAUGGGCAUUUGUUUUGUUUCUAGUCAUUAUAAGCUAGGUAUUGCAUUGCUGUCAGUGGAUUAGAAGCUUAGCUCUUUUUAAAAAAAAUAAAAUUUUUAUGUAAACUGAAUAUUUGAAAUAGCCCACUUCACCUUAAUGGGUCUUGUCUACCUUCAUUAGUCUUCAAAGAACAACCAUUUGCUACCAAAGUAAAUCAGUAUUUUGAAUGUGCUUCUCUUGAUUUGGUUAUUAGCUAGUUCCUGUAAGCAUUUCCACCAGAACUUGAGGCAAAUCAUAAGGAAGCUGUUUCUUUUAAAAUACAAACCACCACCAAAAAUUUCCAUGUACAUAUAUAUUGUUUAAGCAUUUGGCUAUUUUUGUUUUUUAAAAGGUAUAAACACCAAAAAGAAAAUUUAACAUUGUAUGAAAAUGGAAACAAGAUGUACUUUCUGUAACUUUGUAUAAGUAUUUUAAGUUACUAACUUGUGAAAUUCAAUUUGAACUGAAUUUACUACAGGAUUUCUUAUUAGUACACUUACAUGGCUUAUUUUACAUAUAUAUGUUUUGACCAGUGGCCUCUCAAAAGCACACUUUAGGUACAGAAAAUGGAAAGAAAAUGCAUCUUCAAACAUAUUUUAUGGUAUCUCUCACCACAUAUACUUGUUAGAUUUGUGUAUCGUAGGGCUUUUGUUUUGUAUUUUUCUAUUGUAUAUGAAUUUUGUUUUUAACGUGACAGUUAUAUGCAUCUCUAAAAGCAUGGUCGCAGACUAAAACACACAGUGUGUAAUGAUUUCCCUGAAAACUCCUGCAAUGUUAAAUUUGGAGGCAGCUUCAGACUAUUACAUUGGUGGUAACUACUCACUGAGCUUUUUAAAUGGGUGAUAAAUCCAGAGAAGCAGCCUGUGUAUAUUCCUAACACUUUGUUCACUUGCCUUUAAGUUUAGAAUAAGCCCCAAGUAAAACAAUGGAAAUGUAUAUAGAACUAUUAGUUCUUUCAUGAUUUAAUUAUAUCAAGAUACAUGAAUUUAACUUUAACUUUUCUGUAGGCAAACUGUCCAUCUUUGUCCAUUUUAUUGUGUGUUAAAAUAACAUCCCUCUCCUACAUUCUUUUCUUGACCCAAAUGAACUAUUAACCUAAGGUCAAGGUGGGAGAGAAAAACGACUGAGAUGAAUGUCUUUACUAAAAUACCAAUAAAUUUGUCAAACUCA